AGCUGCUCGGCUCUCUCGAGUUUACCUGCUCCAGUCGGUGUGCAUAUUGAACUUAACAGGCAACUGUGGCGGUUGAUGCUGUAAAUUAUUCACCGUACGCCAGUUUUCAGUUAUCAUCCUACCGUUAAACAUGGCGUCCGUAGAAGUCCGCGCUGGGCAGCUGUCAGCGGCAGAGAAUCCGGUGAAGAUGCGAAAGCUCGCAGUGGUCGGUCCCAGGAGGAGACCUGCUCUCGGGGAGAUCACCAACUGUCCCGGAGCUGCGGUAAACACUAAGAGGGUAGGAGCAUCCAAAACGUCUUGUGCCCAAAAAGCCAAGCCUGUCGCAGCCCAGGUCCUUGUACCCGUGGAUCCUGUCCCUUCAGUUCCAGAACAGCCCGCCGACGUGUCCAUGAUGGAGGAGGAGGAACUUUGCCAGGCUUUCUCAGAAGCACUCCUCACUGUAGAGGAUGUGGAUGAGCAGGACGCAGACCAGCCACAGCUCUGCUCAGAAUAUGUCAAAGACAUCUAUAGCUACCUGCACAUGCUUGAGGUUCAGCAGGCUGUACAUGCCAACUACAUGAAGGGCUAUGAGAUCACAGAACGCAUGCGAGCCCUUCUGAUUGACUGGCUGGUUCAGGUUCACUCCAGGUUCCAGCUGUUGCAAGAGACUCUAUACCUCACAGUUGCUGUUCUGGAUCGUUAUCUGCAGGUCCAGCCUGUGUCUCGCAGAAAGCUGCAGCUUGUUGGCGUCACCGCCAUGCUGGUGGCCUGUAAAUACGAAGAGAUGUAUGCCCCUGAGGUCGGAGACUUUGCCUACAUUACAGACAAUGCUUUUACCAAGACUCAGAUUCUGGAAAUGGAGCAGCUCAUUCUGAGAGGCCUCAAAUUUCAGCUGGGACGUCCUCUACCCCUGCACUUCCUCCGACGAGCUUCAAAAGUGGCGAAUUCUGAUGUAGAGAGGCACACUCUGGCCAAGUAUCUGAUGGAGCUGACCCUCCUUGACUACAACAUGGUUCAUUAUCGCCCCUCUGAGAUAGCUGCUGCAUCGUUGUGUCUCGCUCAGCAGCUGCUGGAUAAGCUGCCAUGGUCUCCUGCACAGCAACACUACUCAACAUAUGACACCGCUCACCUCAAACCCAUCAUGCAGCACAUUGCCAAGAAUGUAGUCGCUGUGAAUGACGGGAAAACAAAGUUCCAGGCUGUCAGAAACAAGUACUCGAGCAGCAAGCUGAUGAAGAUCAGCCUCAUUCCUCAGCUGCGGUCAUCCAUCAUCAAGGACUUUGCAGCUCCUUUGCUCACCAAUCCCUGAGAAGAAAUUUGGACUUUGUCAAUUGACUUUUAUUUGCACUUUAUUUCAUCUUAAUCACAAUGUUGAUUUUUAAUAAAAUGUUUUUAAUUUA